GACGAACUUUUUUUGCAAGAAUCACACCCUCGAAGCAUCACCUCCUGUCGCUCCCGCAUCAGCUCACAGAAAAACAAGAAAAGGCCAAAACCGACCGUCAGAAUGUCCCGUGAACAAUAUCAAGUGCCCACAGCCGGCUCCCAGAGCUUUGGCAUGAGCGUUGGGCGCGACUUCGGCUCAGCCACCGAGGGUCCGGCCAUGCAAUACAUCUGCAGCGACUGCGCCGUCAAGAUGUCUCUGCGCAAGAAUGACCCGAUCCGAUGCAAGGAAUGCGGUGGACGUGUGCUCUACAAGGAGAGGACCAAGAGAAUGGUCCAGUUUGAAGCCCGGUGACCUUGAUGUCACCACGAGUUUACGAGACGGAACCCCUAUCCUUAUGGCUUGCAGAGGUCGGGAUCAGCUUUUAUACGGCUGCUUAUGGAGGCAUGAUAUCAUUCACGCGAUGGUAGAUGGGUUAUGGAGUCUGGAGUUCUGGGGAUGGUUUAUGCUUGCUUGCGCAUUCUGACGUCCCUAAUCCUGGGGACAGUUGGUAUCAAAUCUAAACGCCUAAAAUCCCCUAUGAUGUCUAAAGCCUAUCCUGUGCCAAACUUCCCAUGCUCAGCGACGGCUAUCACCGCUGUGUGUACAAAUAUUUUGCAAAACUCGCGUCCGCGGCCGCGGAGUCAUCAGCACCUUGUAGAGCAGUCUCAUAUCUUGACUGCAACCCCUCCCCGUCUCGGGCAGUUUUGUCAUCUUCAUCCUCAU